UGUCCUUAUUAAAACUAAAAAGUUACACCAAUACCUAACCCUAAUUCAGUUUUCUCUUUCUUCCUCUCUCUUCCAGCUCCUCCCUCCCUCCUACAAAUCAGAUUCACGACAAACGCGCGGCUGCUGCGGCCUCCAGAUCGCUCCUCUACUCCUUGCGGCCGCCUCUGUGGCCGUUCGUCGCUCUCUGUUCGCCGCAACCUCAUCUGUCUCAAGAUCGCGUUGCUGUUUUGUUCAAAAGGGCAUACAAUGGAACUUUCAUGUCACUUCUGACAUGCAACUAGAUCUCGUUGAAGCACAAAUCAUUGCUUAUGUGUAUCAUCCUAAUAAAGAUAAAGAAGAACCGUUGGUGAGUUCCAACGGAAUUAUAGGAUAUAGGUCAGAUUUUGACACACUUGCUCCAGGAAUGAUUAUCAACGAUAAGAUCAUGACAUUGAUUUGUAGAAGAUCCACAUGGAUUCAAAACAACUAUAAUAGAGGAGCUGUGUGGUAUUUACCACCAUCAUUUGCGGAGGAUGUUUUUUCAGGAAUGUCAACUUUCAAAUUAAUUGAUCGUUACUUUCGCAAUUGGAUGGAACCAAAUUCAAAUUUAAAAUAUAUAUACGUUCCUAUCAAAACAAAAACUGGUCAUUGGUUUCUAAUGGUGAUAUCUUUGGAACUUCAAAUGAAAUAUUAUCUAGAUUCUUUUUGCCCAAUGGAGGAUAUUGAAUGUAGAAGUACAACUAUGAGUAUUUUGAGCAAAUCUUUGAAUCGAAUGGUUCGCUUUCCUUAUUACGGAACCACUUUUGAUGGGCGCUCUAUUGAUUUUAGUUGUUGGCCAUUGGAGCAAGCUAAAGGCAUACCAAAUGUCGGCCAUAGUGACAAUGCCGCUGCCUGGUUGAUCAAGUGGAUUGAUAUGGGCGAGUGUUUCACACCCAAUAUUCAAGGAGAGUUGCUUGAGAACAACAUCCGCAUUAGAGUAGCUACUAGAUUGCUACUUGAAAUGUACAAUGAACUGAAGACCACUAUUGAAGUUGAAGCAAAAGAAAAUUGGCGACUCAUUAAUUCUUGAAUGGAUGGCUUGUUGAAAAUUUUUGUGUCUAUUUUGUAACCAAAAUAAUUUAGAAACUACUACAUUAUUUUUUGGCUAAGCCCUUUAUCUAUAUUGGCUUAUUUUCUUCUUCGUAUUUGACUUUGGCUAUGUAACCAAGUCUUUUCAACCUUAUUAUAAUAUAUUUAAGGUAACUUAUUGGAUAUAACUUGUUUUCAUGUCUUUGGCAUAUAGAGUCAUUUUAUUAUUUAUA